AUGUCAGACAUUAUAGCUGUAGAACUUCAAGAUUUCACUGAGAAACCUAGAUUGUCUGAUGAGAACGAGCAAAACUAUGCUGGUCAAGAUUUUAGAAUUCGAUCUAGCCUCUUAUAUCACAAGGGUUUUUUAAAUGCAAAAGAGACGCCUCAGGCGGUUGAACUUUCUGUCUCGGGUGAAUUACCUUCAUGGUUGAAUGGUGAGCUAUUCACAGUCGGGCCUGGCACUUACGAUAUAAAGUAUAACAAAAUGAUAGAAGUUGGUAAUGGUGCGUAUGAGAGUGGUACAGUCACAUUUACCAUGGGACACUGGUUUGAUGGAUCAAGACACACUAGUAAAAAAUACGAAUCAAAAAUACGUGAUCGUCAUGGAAUAGUGACAACUCAUCCAUUUUCGCUGUUUAAAACACACGUAAAUCAAACCCCGUUGGCCAAAUUAAUAAUGAAAAAGCGUACAAAAAAACCCGAAUUAGAACCUUGUAGCGCGUACAUAAAUGCCAAUUUUCCAUUGACUAAAGCUGGAGAAAAGCCAAAAUUAUAUUGUCAAAAUCACGCUAGUCAGGUGGUGGAAUUAGAUGCGCAUGAUUUAACUCCAACGCGAGUUUAUUCCUGGGAUGAAUUGAAUCCACUUUUUAAGGGAGACCAUGCAGCACCACAUUCACAUUACGAUUCAACGACCGGUGAAUUAAUUAAUUUUAAUAUGGAAUAUCAUCCGCUUGGGACAAAAUAUAAUUUCUUUUCGUUGUCUGAAACACAUCCAAGCGGUGAUUUAAUAACCUCGAUAAUUGCAAAAGCUUCUUAUGUUCAUAGUUUUGCGGUUACCCCGCGAUUCAUUAUACUAGCUAUUUUCCCUCUUUAUGGAAGAAAUGCUGGUCUAAACUUUAAGUGGUCUGACAACAUCUUGGAUUCUUUUGUGUUUAGGCCUGAAGAACCAACAUUAUUUUAUGUUAUAUCCCGAACAAAGAAAAAACAUGUUGUUACUUAUAAAUCUGACGCGUGUUUCGCUUUUCAUCAUAUUAACGCUUUUGAAGACGAUGAAGAUAAUGUUUACAUGGACAUUGCAUGUUAUGAUAAUGAUGAGAUUUGUCAUACCUUGAAUCUGAAUCAGUUACGAGAGGGCUAUAUUCAAGAGCUACCACUAACCGAAAUCCGUAGAUUUGUUCUACAGAGUAUUGAAUUAGAGUCUGUGAAAUUCGAAGCACAACCCCAAGCUUCUCAAGUUGAAAUACUUCAAAAUACCGUAUCGAAUUUAUUCAGCAAAAGAACGCCUGAAACUCAAUCAAGCUAUUAUCCUUACCCAAUUGCUAGUCAUGUCCGUUGUUCAGAUUCUACUUUAGAAUUACCGAGUAUCAAUCCUCAUUACCAACGACUUCGAUAUCGUUAUGUUUAUGGUAUCGGACUAUCGGAAAAGGCUGCAGGUCAACGUGGCCAAAUAUGGGAUUCGCUUGUUAAAUGUGAUUUGGACACCAAAGAAGCGGUGGGUAUGUGGACUCAAGAAGAUUGCUAUCCAUCAGAAGCUGUAUUUGUUCCUGUUCCCGAGUCUACCGAAGAGGACGAAGGCAUCCUCCUAAGUAUUGUACUUGAGGGAAAAGAAAAUAAGAGUUAUCUUCUUAUCCUUGAUGCAAAGACAAUGCAUGAAAUUGCAAAAGCUUAUUUACCAGAAGUUAUUCCAUUAUCUUUUGGUCAUGGUGCAUUUAAAGAACUACAUCGUGACUAA